UGCUUUCCACUGCGAUGCCUUCAGCUACGCUCAUCGCUGCUCUCCCCGCCUUUGUCUCCCCAGACGCACACAGAGAGCUCGUCGCAUCCACCCCCGCAUCCUUCAGCGACAUCCCCCCCGUUCUGCGACACAAGGAGGACAAUGUCGCCGUCUCCCUCGCCCCUCCACUCGACGGUUUUUCUGAACAGGAUAGCACACAAGGAUCGCUCUACGUUCUCGAGAGUGCUCUUGUCUUCAUGUCUUCCACAGGUCGAGGUUUCCAGAUCGAAUAUCCCGCGAUAACCCUUCACGCUAUAUCUCGUGCACAAUCGCGUCCAUCCAUCUAUUGUCAGCUCGACGAAGCCUCUCCCACCGCAGCAGAUGUACCACCCGACCAGGAUGACAUGUUCGACAUGAGAGAGCUCAACAUCGUCCCUCAAAAUCAUGCCGCCUCACUUGAUAAUAUAUUUGAGGCAAUGUCUCUUUGUGCAUCACUUCACCCAGACCCAAACAUGUCAGACGACGAAGAUAUGGACGAUGCCUUCAUCGCCACGGGCGAUUCUGCCUUCGACACUUUCACAGGUGAUGAAGACCAGGAACUCAGUGAGGUUGGGAGGGCAGCUCUCGAUCAUCUAGAGUCAAUCAUAUACAAUCCGUUCGAUCGCUCUCAACAGUCAAACGGUGUGAAUGGAAACGAUGUAGCUGAUGAACAACACUCAGACGAUCCAGAGACGAAAGAAUAGAUGCAUAUUGUGAUGAAAUAGAAGACAAAAGUACCCAAUGUAAACGUAUUAUAACCAAUGUAAUCUGUCUAUCAUCGCCAUCGCCUUCAUUUUAGAUAUCACACAAACAAGUGCUAGUGCUACAGUCACUUGGGAUUCUUCUGUCUAACAUCCGCCGAAAGUGUUUUCAUAGGAACAAUACUUGGUACUGGACCCCAGUCGAAUGUUACUGGCGAAGACGGUCCGCCAGGAUUUGGGCUUUUCUUCAGCUGAACAGGCUUUUGGUGAUGUUUGACACCACUCCCAGUUCGAUGCCGCGACGAGGUCAUCAGGUGUGAAGAAGUUGAAUCAUCUUCCGAGGGUGAGCUCGGCCAAGGCGACAAGGCGGAUGGAAGACUUAGAGCUACCGGCGUGGUAGGCAACGAGAACAGAGAAGGAGGAGUCUGAGGUUCCAUCUUGACUGCCUUCUGAGGUGUAUGGAAAAAAGUAGGCGCAGGCAUCUUGGCCACUGACGUGUUCAAUAACGGCUCACUUCUUGCCUCCAACAAUGCACGCUUGAGCUUCUGU